ACACACCAGGAGCCAGUGCUGCUGUCUGCAACGACGCCCCAGCCCUUCCCUAGUGCAGACAGCGCCUGGCCGGGGAGCAAUGAGUUAAAGAUGACAAAUCCUCUGUUUCCAGGCAGGUCAGUGAUGUGAUCCCAGCCUGACACCGGCGCAAGGCUGAUCCAUAUUCAUAUCAUCACCCUGUGUUGUCAGUUUCUAUAUCAGAAGCUUUACACUAUCCAUUUUGCUAGCCCGUUCCCUCCCUUCCAUCCCUAGGAUUGGCCGGAGCACUGGGAACGGGCGCAUCCCAUUGGCUGGCUGGAGAACCUGUCAGAUAAAAAGCUCCUUUUAUCCAGCAGAAGGAGAAAGAAAGAAUCAGCCACACAGAGCGGAACACGAGGGAGAGAGAGAGAGAGAGAGAGGCUGGAAAUAAUGACAGACAAAGGCGAGGAGGGCCAUCAGUAAAUAAGAACGAGCUUUUCAGCAACGCAGAACCAUAGAAUUGGACGGCGGAUAAGACCCAUCUGUGUAGAGACUGGAAGAGACAUCUGAGGACGCAGAAGAUAGAGAAUGAUAGACCGGGGUAGGUGAACGCAGAAGACGUAAAGUUGGGGACGGUCGUGUUAGAAGAACAACCCCGAGCCGUGGAACCCCAAGGGUUCCCAGUGCAUCCAGCCAAUCCUUCACGAUCGAUCCACAAGCUACUUUUAUUUGCUGGAAGAAGUUCAGUAUGCCUUGUUCCCGGAGCACGAGGAUGAAGAGAUCACUUUCUUGGACUCAACUGUGCGUUCUUGUGAUGCUUUCACACUCAUUGUCUAUGCCUUGUCUGGCAUUCUGUCCCCCUCAAUGCGUAUGUGAGACAAGACCUUGGUUUACGCCGCAGUCUGUCUAUCAUGAAGCCAAGACAGUAGACUGCAAUGAUCUCCUACUGACUCAUAUCCCAGAAAAUAUUUCCUUUGACACCCAAGUGUUGCUGCUGCAAAGUAAUAAGAUCUCACAUAUGGGAUGGGAACUGCAAGAUCUAGUCAACCUCACUGAGCUGGAUUUGUCACAAAAUCACUUUCAAAGUAUUGAGGACUUGAGCGUAUCUAACCUCUCACAUCUCAUAACCCUUUAUCUAGAGGAGAAUCAGCUCACUGAACUGCCAGAUUAUUGCUUGAAAGAUCUAGAGAGUCUAGAAGAGCUGUAUAUUAACCAUAAUCAGAUCAAUUUUAUUGGCCCCCGAGCCUUUUCUGGUCUAGGAAAGCUUCUGAGACUUCAUCUCAAUGCCAACCGAUUACAUGAUAUUGACUCAAGAUGGUUUGAAGAUCUCCCGAAUUUAGAGAUACUCAUGAUCGGAGAGAAUCCCGUGAGCGCACUUCAAAACUUGAAUUUUCAGCCCCUUGGAAGGUUACAUAGUCUUGUAUUGGCGGGGAUGGAGCUCGAUCAUGUUCCAGAAAAUGCCUUUUUUGGAUUGGACUACCUUGAAAGUCUCUCAUUCUUCGAUAACCGAUUAAUUUCUGUUCCCAAGGAAGCUCUGAAGCACCUAAAACUGCUAAAGUUCUUGGACCUGAACAAAAACCCUAUAAGUAGAAUUAAAUCGAGUGAUUUCAAAGACAUGCCUCACCUUGAGGAGCUAAGCUUAAAUUCAAUGGAAGAGCUAGAACGUGUGGAAGCUGAGGCCUUCCAAGAUCUGCCAGAGCUAAUUAAAUUAGAAAUCUGCAACAACCCUAGGUUAAACUACCUGGACCCUAGUGCAUUUGCCUCUAAUGUUGGUGCUUUGAAGACCCUACUUCUUAGUAACAACCAAUUAGCCUUAAUUCCCCUUAAAGUUUUUCAGACACUACCAGGAUUAACUGAAAUAAGUUUAUACAGUAAUCCUUUGCGCUGUGAUUGCCAAAACAACUGGAAAGGUCUUUCAUCACUACGACUGAUAGAAGCCCAGGCCACGCUCUGUAGAAGCCCGCCUUUGGUCAGUGGACACCUUUUUCAGGAAAUUCAAGGCCAAACAUGGUUAAGUAGAUGUCCGCCAUUAAUAGAUGCACACUCUUUCCCAUCUCAGCUUCAUCUCUCCAAGCACCAGCUAGUAAAUCUCAAUUGCCAAGCCAGUGGUCAUCCAAAACCAGAGAUCUACUGGAUAACACCACAUGGAGAAAGAAUAUCAGGAGGAACAGGCAGAGUCCGCAUUCAAGGUGAAGGCACUUUGGAAAUUUUGGAUGCUACAGAGGAAGACUCUGGGUCGUAUAUGUGUCAGAUGUGGAACUCAGAUGGGACGGACAGUAAAAGUGUAGUUAUUAACAUCAACGGAACUCAAGAGCAGGAGUUCACUUCUCUUUCUAUCAUUACCAAGAAAGUGCAUUCCAGUUUUGUUGUGGUGGAGUGGAAAAUGUUGGGCGGCCAAGCAAGUACUCCGAGCGUCCUUGUGCCAGUCCAGUGGACCUCUGCGACGAUGAGGAUACAUAACCCACACAUCAGUUAUACAGCCAAAGUUCCGCUAGAGAUACAAGAGUAUAAUCUGACCCACCUCCAGCCAGCCACAAAGUACGAGGUGUGCCUUACCGUCUCCUCUGUAUCCCGUCCAAGUCAGCAGUCUUGCCUCAACGUGACCACUAAAGAUGCUUCCUUUUCAGUGGCAGCGGUUGGCAGGCCAGUAAGCAUUGCCCUCUCAGCAGCACUGGGGUCCCUCAUUGCUGGGUUAUGCAUGGCUGCUGUCAUUGUAUAUGCAGGACACCACCUCCGGUACAAAAGCUGUGGACACUCUUUAAAGAAAUAUAUGCAACGGGCAUCGUUCAUCCCUCUCAAUGACUUUUACCCACCACUCAUCAGCCUUUGGGAAGGAGAAGGAGAUAAAGAGAAAGAGAGCAGCUUGGAACAGCCAGUGUUGGUGCCACCCCAGGAGGACAAGACUUUUCCCGUCAUGGUUCAAAUUGACACCUCAAAGACUUACAUGUGGAAGCCUUAAACACGCACAGAACUGAACAUAACAAUUACCAUUAAACAAAGACUUUGCAGUGUUGCAAUGAGAUCCAUGAGUAGAAGGUGUUCCUGUUGUAGAAAUUUUUGUACAAGCAGCUAUAAAAAAAAGAACAGUGGUGAUGCCAGCACAACUUCACCCGAGCUGGUGUUAGAGACACUGAAAGGAUAAACGUCUUUUGUUAUUAGAGAAUUCUCUGUUUAACUUCAUUACCAGCCUCCAACAGUACAAUGCUAACAUUUAUAAGUCAAGUGUCAAUUGUAGACAAUUUCUGUGAAUAAGUAAGGAAUUUUGGAAUAUCAAA